GGCUGCACAUAAGACAAGCCGAAUUAGUGUUUCCGGGUCGUCGGGGGAAGGCCCCUUGUCAUUGGCUGAUUCUUUUGAUAACCCAUAAUUCUCUGCAAGUUUCUUUCUUUUUCCGCCCGGCCAUAUUUCUUGAGGACGGGAAAUAAGUAGCCAUGGCUCCCAGCCGAAAUGGCAUGAUCUUGAACCCCCAUUUCCACAAAGAUUGGCAGAGAAGGGUUCGCACAUGGUUCAACCAGCCUGCUAGGAAAAUCCGCAGGCGAAAGGCCCGCCAGGCAAAGGCUCGCCGUAUCGCUCCUCGGCCUGUUGCUGGUCCCCUGCGCCCGGCUGUCAGGUGUCCCACCAUCAGAUAUAACACCAAGGUCCGUGCUGGACGGGGGUUCACUCUGGAGGAGCUCAAGGCCGCCGGCAUUCACAAGAAGGUGGCGCGCACCAUCGGCAUCGCUGUGGACCAUCGUCGCCGCAACAAGUCUACAGAGUCGCUGCAGGUCAACGUCCAGAGGCUGAAGGAGUAUCGCUCCAAACUCAUCCUCUUCCCCAAGAAGGCCUCUGCUCCCAGGAAGGGAGAUAGCUCUCCCGAAGAGCUCAAGAUGGCUACACAGCUCACUGGCCCUGUCAUGCCCAUCAGGAGUGUGCACAAGAAGGAGAAAGCCCGGGUGAUCUCAGAAGACGAGAAGAACUUUAAGGCAUUUGCCAGCCUCCGCAUGGCCCGUGCCAACGCACGUCUUUUUGGCAUUCGUGCAAAGAGAGCAAAGGAGGCUGCCGAGCAGGACGUGGACAAGAAGAAGUGAGAUGCUUAAGGUGGAACUUUUCAGAAUAAAAAAAAAUAUCUAAA